AAGAGACUCUCAUUAUAAAACCAUUCACAAAUUCAUACAAAUUCAUUUUCUCCACAACAAUUCUAAGACAAAAAAAUAAAAUAAAUAAAAACUUUGUAAUAUCAUGUUGGGAAAGAGAUCCCAACACUUGAUCCGAAAAUUCUCCGAAUUAUUAGUUUUCGGGGAAGGUGCCACCGCACUUUUAGACACAAUCGGGAGUCCAAGAAGCCCGUUUGAAAUGAACUCAAAUAUCCAAUCACCAAAAGGGUUAAAAAGCUACGAAUUUGGUGGUGUUGGUCUAGGAAUUGUGGUGGCUCUUGAUAAAUCCGAGGAAAAAAUUGGGUACGAGGUUGUACCAAAACAUGUUUGUACAACAUCGAAUUCGAAUCGAUCUAGAAUACCAAUCCCAAUUCAAAAUCAUCAAUUUUUUGUAAACGAGAUUCUUGUUGGAAGUCCAGAAGAUUACACAUACGUUACUUAUCAUGAUGAAUCUAACAAAACCAUCACUAAGGUUUAUUAUGAUAGAGGUGAAGAAACUGGAAUUUUGAGACAUGGUUGUUAUAACACAAAAAACAACAACGUUGGUGUUUCUAGAAAAUCCCCACCAACACAAACUUUAGUUGAAGCUGAACCUUCAUAUCCCACCUUGGAUUUUCUCAAUUCAUGUCUUUUAUGCAAAAAGAAACUUGAUGGCAAAGACAUAUAUAUGUACAGAGGUGAAAAAGCAUUUUGUAGCACAGAGUGUCGUUCAAGGCAAAUAAUGAUGGAUGAGAGAAAAGAGAAGUGUAGAUCAGAAACUAUGGAGUUGUCAAGUUCUCCAUACAAAGGACCAAAUGUUUUCAACUGGGAUUAUAGCUCUUUAGCCUUCUGUUGUAUAGUGCAACAUUGCAAUGGAAGAGGAACAUAGAAAAUGAUACUUUAUAAUUAUUUAUAUAAGGCUAUACUGCAUAUGAAGAUUAAGUCACUUUGGUUGAAACCAAAAGGAAAUUUUGAUCGGUUUUUUUUUUUUUUUUUUUUUUUAAUAGAGAUUUUGAAUUGUUGAAACACAAUAAUGAAUUGUUCUUUUCUUUUUUUUUUUCCGGAACUUUUGAUGGCAGAGAAUUGUAAACUUGGGAUUUCAAUUGCACUGAUUGUUCUGUUCCUGAGUUUUGUCCAAAACAUGAACUAUUCAAUCAGAUAUUUUUCUGAAUUC